AUGGUAGGCACCCUGGAGUUGUUUGUCGGUGAAGUGUUCAAGGAAUUACCGCCUCUUGUAGCAAGGCGGCUAGAAGAUGUCCGCAUACACCAAGCCCAAGAUGGAGUCUGCUCUGCGGUCAUGACGUACUGUAUGAAAGGAUGGCCAGACAAAAACAAGGUGCCCCUGCAGAUCACUCCAUUUUGGAAGGAGAGGGACAGAUUGAGCAUAUACGACGGCAUCCUUCUGCUGGACCGACGACUUGUCAUUCCUUCAGCCUUGCGCCAGGACAUUCUCGCACUCUUACACGAAGGACAUCAGGGAGUGCGCCGUUGCCAAGAACGGGCCAGGGAGUCUGUUUGGUGGCCUAACUGUAACAUGCAUGUUGAGCAUAUGGUGACCCAAUGUGCCAUAUGCGCCGAGACUCGAGUUCAGUGUUCUGAGCCUUUGUUGCCCACGGUUACACCUGACAGACCGUGGCAGCACCUUGGCAUCGAUCUGUUUCAACUUAAAGGCCGCGAUUACGUCCUGAUUGUUGAUUAUUAUUCCAGGUUUCCCGAAGUAGUCUCCGCGGGGUCCACCACGGCACCAGCUGUUAUCUCGGCGAUCAAGAGCUGCAUUGCCCGUUUUGGCAUACCGGACAUUGUCCGGACCGACAACGGACCGCAGUUUGUGUCCAAUGAGUUCGCCGAGUUUGCGCGGUCAUACGGCUUCCGUCACGAGACCAGCAGCCCGAGGUACCCCCAGAGCAAUGGAGAGGCAGAGUGCAUGGUGCGCACAAUGAAAGACUUGCUCUUCAAAGGUCCUGAUCCCUACCUUGCCUUACUGUCGUACCGCGACACGCCUGGUCCCAACGGUAUUUCCCCGGCUCAAGCCCUGAUGGGAAGGAAAUUACAAACUCGUCUCCCGAAACUACCAGAACAACUGGUGCCGUCGUUACCAUGCCACACGAGUUUCAGGGAAAAGGACUCGUGGAACAAGGCACGCCAAGCGAUGAACUACAAUCGCCGUCAUGCUUCAAGCUAA